AGUUUAUUUUUUUUUUUAAUUAUAUAAAAUACAUAUUAAAACGCCAACUCAUGAAUAUUAAUUAGGUAUCGCAAAUGUUUCUUCGUAACCUUGGAGCCUCUGUUCAUAUUCAUGAGUCAGACGGUUGUUCAGGGUGCCCGAACCGGAGAGUUUUCGACAUAUUUCUAACAAACAUUUUGAAUACUGUUGAAGUAAUUUGAAUAUGAACCCAUUUUCAAAGUUAUUAGAAGAGGGACUCAUUAACACGAAACAUGUAGAGGGCGCAGUGAUACUUGUGGCUAAUACAGGCGACGUAACGGCUGCGUCCAAUUUUACAGUUUGUCCAGAACAAGUACAGAUGUUGAUAGACUCGUUCAAACACUUGGAUGUAACAAGGCAGAGAGGACUCCAUUUCAGGAACAAGUUCUACACCUGCGUGCGUGCUGACAAACACUCGAUAUAUACUAAAUGUGAAGGACAUGGUCUGAUAUUGGUGAGAACUGCACUGUAUGUGAUUGUUGCUACAUACUCACAGAGCAUGUAUCCAAGUAUCUGUGUGGAAGCAGUUGAGAAACUAGCCGAGUAUCUGCGUGAAAAGGGAAAAUGAAGCUCAUCGUAUCAGAUCUGAAGAGGCGAAGAAGCUGUUCAAUGUGAUCGUAGAAAGUACUGACGAGAAACUAGAAACUGUACUCAAUCCGUUAGCUACAGGAACACCAAGGUAGGUUUUAGUACUGCAUAGACAAACAAAGAAGCUAUUUUUAUUCUUGUAGUGGGAUUUUAAUUUACAUCUUGAGAUUUGGCAUCUUAAAAUAUAAACACAACAGUAGUUUUACAUCUCAAUACAGCACAUAAUGACACACAAACUGAACUGCCACAACUUAGGCAACAAGAUCUUUCACAGAAAGAAUAUAAAACUCUAUAGUGAGGGGAAAAAAACAAUAUUAAAUUAAGGUUAUGCUGUUACCAUUCAUAUGAGCAGAAAACAUGGGAUGGGAACCAUAGUCUUAAAUUAUUCAUCUAUUUUUUGUUUAGAAUAAGACAUCUCAAUGAACUGAAUUUAAAUAUUGUAAGACAGGUAGAGAGAGAGAGAACAUCUACAAUGUUUGACCUGAUCAUUCACAGUGUUGAAGUUUGUAGCAGUCAUCUGUCAUUAUAAUAAGUCUGUAUCGCAUUGCAUUUUCAUGUUGCACACAUCUAUAUCAUAUUAUCUUAUUUCCUUUGCAGAACAAUAACACAUGAUUUACGUUAAAAUAUAUAGUUCUUUUAAAGCCCCCUCAUCAUUCAUGCGUCACAUCAGUGCUUAUUUAAUGUGCUCCUUGAUAACCUUGGUAAAUCACUGAUUAUCCAUACACUUAUGUUAAAUAAAAGUUGGCGCAACAA